AGGAGGCUGGCUCCAGGUGGAGAGCCGUGGGCCAUGGCGGCGGCGGACGUACGGGCGGAGCUGGACGCGCUGCUCCUGCAGCUGCUCUGGGACCUGGAAGAGCUGGAGGCAAAGCGGGCGGCGCUGAACGCGCGGGUGGAGGAGGGCUGGCUUUCGCUCUCCAAAGCUCGCUAUGCCAUGGGUGCUAAGUCGGUAGGGCCCCUGCAAUAUGCCUCCCGCAUGGAGCCCCAGGUCUGCGUCUGCACCAACGAGGCGCAAAAUGGACUCCAGAGGUUUCGUGUGGUAAGAGCCGGCGCCCAGAGUCCAGAGGAGGUGGGGCCACGUGAGGCAGCUCUGCGAAGGCGCAAGGGCCUUACUAGGAUUCCAGAGCCCGAGCCCUUCUCAGCCUCCCCAAACCCUCUGAACUGGUUUGGAAUCCUGGUUCCACAUAGUCUACGGCAGGCCCAAGCCAGCUUCCAGGAGGGCCUGCAGCUGGCUGUAGAUAUGGCCAGUCUCCAGAUCCACAUCAACUGGGGCCGAAGCCAGCUUCGAGGUCUCCAGGAGAAACUCAAGCAGCUUGGGCUUGGGGCCGCCUGACCUGUGACCACAGAAGAAGACCAUGAGUUUAGUUGUUCUUCGAUAUGGUUGCUUUAUCUCAGGCCUUCUUCCUUCACAGCUUGCUUGGCCCCUAUCACUACCACCCCAUCCCAGACAGCUAAUCCGCCCCCCCACACACACACCUUAAAAUUUCUCCAGUCUGCUGUUUCCAACUUUGUUAAGUGUGAAAGUUUAAAGAGGCAAACUGAGUAAUGUUCAAAGUCACUACUAUGAAACCACUUCCUGUCCUUGUUCUAGGACACACUCAUAUGGGGAGGGUCAAAGCUGAUAGGUUAGUUUAUAUUAGGGAGCAACAGAGCAAUCUCAUGCAUAAAUCACUACAGGAGAAGUAGUGCAUAGCUAGUGGCAGAAAUAGGUGCUUCAGUUUCAUUAGAUCCUCAAAACUGAUUUUGAUGGAAAGGAAAAAAUAUACUUGGCUAGCAGACCAGGAGAAUACUUUCACAUUGAUAACAAACACAAUUACCUCCAUACAUGGGCAGCCCUUGGCAGGUUUUAAGCCAAAAAGUAAAAAAGAUCUAACCUAGAUUUUCAAAUGAACUAUAAGAAGAGACCUUUCAGGUUUUGAAAAACCUGCCUUCUAUCUUUUCAGUAGUGAGGCUGAACCUUUUGUAAUUUGUUAAAAAGCCAAUUGUAUUUGCUGUUCUGGGAGCUCUCUGUCUUUAUUUCAUUUUCCUACUGGGUUGUUGAUAUUUUUAGCAGUUUCUAAGGAGCUAAUUUUAAUGCUUGGGGAAAAUUGGUCAUUUGUUCACUAUAUGAGUGAUUUUCCUAGUUUGUCUUUUAACGUUAUGGUGGGGUUUUUUUAAAUACCUUUAUUGUAAAAUAAAGCACAUUAUAUUAUAGAACCACACAGAAUAAUUGAAAAGCUUAGUGAAUAAUUAAGGUGAAAGCUAUAGUAACCAUCAUCCAACUUGUGUUUUUAGUCUGUUUUCUUUUACAUUUUAUUUUUUCAUUUAUAUUUCAUCACCAUUUAUCCCCCAUAUACUCUCUUCCAACCUCUUCCUCUCCUCUGCAAUCACCACACUGUUGUUCCUGUCCAUAAGUUCUUUUUUUUUUUCCUCAAUCCCUUUAUCCCCUACCCCAACCAGAGCUUCAAUUUCACUAGUAGUGAUCUAAUCACAUUCCCUGGUUCUUCCUGGUUUAGUUUUGGAAGAUUAUAUGUUUCUAGAAAUCUAUCCAUAUCUUCCAGAUUUCCAAUUUGUUGGUAUAUUUCUAGAAUUCUUUGUAUUUCUGUGGUGUCAGUUGUUACUUUCAUUUCUGAUUUUACUUGUUUGAGUCCUCUCUAUUUUUUUCUUGAUUAGUCUUGUUAAAGGUUUGUCAAUCUUGUUUAUCUUUUAAAGAACCAGCUCUUGCUUUCAUUGAUCUUACUGCUAUUUCAUUUCUACUCUGAUCUUUAUUAUUUUCUUCCUUCUACUCACUCUGGGCUUUCUUUCUUUUUCAGGUUCCUUUAAGUGUAAAGUUAAAUUGUUUAUUUGUGCUUUUUCUUGUUUCUUGAGAUUGGCCUGUAAUGCUAUGAAUUUCUCUUUUAGGACUGUUUUCCCUAUGACCCACAGAUUUUGGGUUGUUGUGUUCUCCUUUCAUUUGUUUCAAGGUAUCUUUUGAUUUUUUCCUUGAUCUAUUGUUAAGCCAUUAAUUGUUUAGUAAUAUGUAAUUUAGUCUCCAUAUCUUUGUGGGUUUUUCAGUUUUCUUCUUGUGAUCGAUUUCAAGUUUCAUAGCAUUAUGGUCAGAGAAGAUUCUUUUUUU